UUUGUGUGUUUGUCAAAAUCGUGAUUUGUGAAGCCUGCUUCUAUAAACAUUUAUGGAGGCGGUGAAAUUCUUCAGUGAAAUUAUUUUCUUAAUGAUUUUCAAUGAUAAAUAUACAAUCGACUUGAAGUUUUAAGUAAUAAGAUUUAGCGGCUCUACGGAAUCUAAGUUGCCGACGGUAUACCACAGAAAUGUUAAACGCGUUGGGAGUGAUUGUUUCUGGACGUUUGGUCCAAACUGACUUCCAGCAGAUAUCGGACGCACAAUACCUGAUCAACAUCCCAGAGGCAGACAACGUAAAUCAUGUAGUGGUUUUCCUCACGGGCACUACUCCGUUCGCCGAAGGAAUGGCUGGAGCUGUCUAUUUCAGCUGGCCCGAUCCGAACGCACCCCCAACAUGGCAACUUCUUGGUUACAUCUCCAAUUCAAAGCCAUCCGCCAUAUUCAAGAUAUCGCAAUUGAAGAAAUUGGAUGAAGUGUCCAACAAUUCGACAAUCAAUGUAUUCGGUGCGAAUUUGCCCAUUUCGCACAUUGCGCAGAUAGGUGUAUCGAUAGAGCCGGAAUCCAAUCUUAUGCAACAAACGCCAGCAACGACCACCACUGAUACCUACUAUCAGUUUGGUCAGAAGAUGGUUGAAAAUUUCUUCAACUUUGUCAGCAGCUUUUCCGUUACCCAACCGCAAAUGGUUCCGAAUCCGAACGAAACGUUCGUUCCGCUGUCCACGGUGCAGACGUGGUUCGCCAACUUUCAACGCAGGUUGCAGCAAAAUCCCAACUUCUGGAAAAGUUAAACCAGCCAGUGCAAAACAAGACACUAGUUGAAGAAAUGAAAGCAAGCGGAGGAUAAGUUGGCCUAAAUUAAAACCAUCAGUUACGGCGUUGAUUACAACAAUGUAAAGAGCAAUAACGAGAUCAGUGUGCGUGAUUUUCAUUCGUGUAAUUUAUCAUGUAUCAUUAUAUUUUUCGUUUUAAGAGCAUUUCUCUCUGUCUUCGGAUAGGAUGGUUAUUUUUAACUAUAAUAAAAUGAUUUUGAAUAAAAAA